AUGACUUCAACAUCAACGUCCGUAUCAGCGGCGGCGGCAGGGGCCGCAGGGUUUCGGGAAUCAGAGUCUACACAGGGAAUUCUACGCUUGUACAAGGAUACGAAUGAGAUUACGACAGGAGACAUCCGCAUUCAAUCAAGCACGGAGAAGCAGGAAGGAGGCGAGAUUUCGACCACCAACGACCGCGCUGUGGAUGCGAGGGAGGGUGCGCAGAUUAUUCAUCCGGAUCAUGGGACCACAGUGUGCGUGCUGGCCGUGCCGAGUUACAUGUCGCCGGGCGACUUUUUGAACUUUGUGGGGCCCGUCCGGUCGAAUGUGUCGCAUUUCCGUAUCAUCCGAGAUGCGGUCCCGAAUCGAUUCAUGGUGCUGAUGAAGUUCAGGACGAGUGAGGUGACAGCAGAGUUUUACAGACGGUACAAUGGCAAGGCCUUCAGUUCUCUUGAGCCCGAAAUUUGUCAUGUAGUGUAUCUAAAGUCGAUCGAGAUUCGCGCAGGAUGUAUGCCGCCAUACGCAUUUCCGUUCCUCAAUGACGAUCCCUUCCUGCAAAACAACAGUGCCGCAACAUCAGCAUCAGUACAACCCACAUCAGGAAUGACCUCUACCAUCACAGAAACCAGCUCUGUAGUCGAUUCGUUAACACACCAGUUAUCUACCGAUCAUGCAGGAUUAGCAGAGCUUCCGACCUGUCCAGUCUGUCUAGAGCGCAUGGACUCGUCAGUCACAGGCCUGCUCACCAUUCUAUGCCAGCAUACGUUCCAUUGUCAUUGCCUAAGCAAAUGGGGCGAGGGCAGCUGUCCGGUCUGUCGGUACAGUCAAAAAAGCAUCAAGAUGAGUAACCACAGCGGCAACACAGCCUUCACCGAUGGAAUUACAGAGGACCGGAAUGUUUGCGCGCUUUGUGGGACGAGUGAAAACCUGUGGAUCUGUUUGAUCUGUGGACAUAUCGGCUGUGGACGGUAUCAGGAGAAACACGCCUACCACCAUUAUUAUGAGACUUCCCAUCUGUACGCUUUGGAGCUCGAGACACAGCGUGUGUGGGAUUAUGCAGGAGAUGGGUAUGUCCAUCGGUUGAUCCAGAAUAAGGCGGACGGGAAAUUGGUGGAAUUGCCAAGUGCUGUGGAUGGGACCUUGCCUUCUCAGCAUUCUGUUCAGGUCGGACAGGAGAAACUGGACGCGAUCGGACUGGAGUACACGUAUUUGUUGACGUCGCAACUGGAAUCGCAGCGAUUGUAUUUUGAUGCGCAGGUGGCGGCCAUGGCAGCACAGAUCGCACAGCUGAACAAGGAGGCGAAGGAAUGGGAGAAGGAAGCGUCGAUGUUGAACCAAAAGAACCGUGAACUGGCUCUGUUGGCCGAGGCGCUUGAGAAGGAGAAGGUGCCGAUGCUGAUCAAGGAGAAAAAGGCCACAGAGAAGCGGCUGGAGAAGAUGCAGGAGCGGCUACAGAUGUUGGAGCGACAGUAUGAGGAAGAGAAGGAGAUGAACGUUGGAUUGAGGACGAAUCAGGACAAUUUCAAGGAGCGGUUGCAGGAGAAGGAGGCUGAGAUCCAGGAACUGCAGGAGCAAGUGAGGGAUAUGAUGAUUUACCUAGACACUCAGCAGAAGGUGGAGGCGAGCUCGAUGAAGGACGAGCUGGUGAACGGGACCAUUGGCGUGGUCCCUUCAUCGUCGUUGUCUCCUUCGACGAAUCAUUCUCGGCGGAAAGGUGGUCGUAGAUGA